AUUCAAUAUGAAUAAAUAGAGGCGAAAGCUGCGAAACAGGUGUUGCCACAAGUAUUGCAAGUUAAAAACGUCGUCACUUGGCUCCAUAGCAACAUCACAGGUGAUUGUAUAUCUAGUAGAAAACUUCAGAGCCGGACAUUGUACUUCCACAGCAGUUUUGAUAUACGUACGGAACAAAUAAUGACUACAUCGAGUGACGAAGACGUUGGGCCUUUGCCACCAGGCAUGGAUAAUAGGAAACGGCCAAACCCCAGUUCAAGCAAAGGUAAAGGUAACGAUAGUGAUUCAGAUAGUGAUGUAGGCCCGAUGUUUCCCCCUAAGUCGAAGUCAAAGAUAAGUGGAAAUGACUCUGACAACGACGAUGAUGUUGUGGGUCCUCUGCCGCCGGGCGUCGGUGCUCCCUCAGAAGCUGGGAAGAAAAAGGCUCUCAAAUAUCAACACGUGUACUUGGAGAAUUUGCCAUCGGCGGAGAUGUACGAACGGAGCUACAUGCAUCGAGAUAUCGUCAACGAUGUAGUAGUAACUAACAAAACGAACUUCAUCGUCACAACCAGUGCUGAUGGGCACCUCAAGUUUUGGAAGAAGGGACCGCAGGGCAUUGAAUUUGUAAAGCACUUCAGAGCUCAUAUGGGUUCGAUUGUAGAUGCAACAGCAAGCAAUGAUGGAUUAAUGCUUGCCAGUAUAAGUGAUGAUAAAACCGUCAAAAUCUUUGAUGUAAUCAAUUUUGAUAUGAUCAACCAGAUAAAGCUAGACUAUAUUCCCCUAGCUUGUUGUUGGGUACAUACUGACGGAGCAGCCAAAGCUGUGCUGGCGAUAUCGGACGCAGCGGGUCCCACGAUACGACUGUACGACGCAAACAUUGGAGAGGAAGGGGACCCCAUCAAGGAGAUCAACGUACACACACAGCCGGUACAUCUUAUGGCGUUGAACCAACGGUUAGGAGUAGUUGUCUCAGUAGACAGAGCCGGUAUGGUUGAAUAUUGGAGCAACAGCGGAGCCUACACAUUCCCUGAAAAAGCCGUCAGUUUCGAUUCGAAAAUGGAUACUGACCUCUACGAGUUCAUCAAGUGCAAAACAAUGCCCACAUCACUGGCCAUCAAUGAAUCGGGCGAACUUAUGGCUCUUGUGGCUAAGGACAGGAAAGUCCGCAUAUAUAAGAUCAAAACAGGAAAAUUAUAUCGCGUGUACGACGAGAGCUUAUCAGUAUAUUCUGAGAAUCAGAAAACCAACCCCCAACUAGACAGCGUGGAUUUCGGGCGUCGCAUGGCUCAGGAGAAAGAAAUUGAAAACUCACCGGCUUUCGAACGAAUCAAUGCCGUCUUCGAUGAAUCAGGGCAAUUUUUACUAUACCCCACCAUGUUAGGCGUGAAGGUUAUUGGAAUCAAAACAAACACAGUGGUGCGCGUUAUGGGCAAGCAUGAGAGCACCGUGCGGAUACUGCGUAUAAGUUUGUAUCAAGGCAAACCUGUACAGGCGGCUGCAACUCUUUCGCUGGAAAUGCAAACAUCCGAAAAUCCGGGUUUGGAGGCGUUGUCGACGCAUGACCCGACUAUGUUUUGCACUGGCUACAACAAAAAUAGAUUCUUUCUUUUCUCACGAAGAGACAGAGAAGAGACCGAAGGAGAACAUGGUCGAGAUGUGUACAACGAGAAGCCCUCGCGCGAAGACAUGAUAGCCGCUACAGACAGCCAGGUGAAGGCUUCGUGGCCUUCACAAGCCAUCAUCCAUACAUCGUACGGGGAUGUACACGUAUCACUCUUCCCGGACGAAUGCCCGAAGACCGUAGAGAACUUUGUAACGCACAGCCGGAACGGCUACUAUGACAACCUCAUCUUCCACCGAGUUAUAAAAAGUUUUAUGAUUCAAACGGGCGAUCCCGAGGGCGACGGCACAGGCGGCGAAUCGAUAUGGGGUGCUGAAUUUGAAGAUGAAAUCUCACCCAAAUUAAGGCACGACCGACCAUUCACUCUGAGCAUGGCAAACGCAGGCCCUGGCACUAACGGGAGUCAGUUUUUCAUCACUGUGGUACCCACGCCUUGGCUCGAUGAUAAACAUACAGUCUUCGGAAGGGUGACACGUGGCAUGGACAUAACUAUGAAAAUCAGCAAUGUGCCGUGUGACAAAUUUGCUAGACCAAACGAAACAAUAAGGAUCCUCAAUAUCUCAUUCGAUUAAAGGCUACCCUUCUAAAAUUAUCAAGAGGUGGUCGAUUUAUCUCAUCACCACCACCCUUUAAUCCGAUAAAACGGUAUCCGUCUAGUUAUUAAGAGGUGGCCUAUUAAUCUCAUCACCACCGCCUAUUUUUAU